UUUAUCGUCUCAUUUUAGAAGUAGAACAGAAAGUGAAAAGGCUCAGAGAGCAGUGUGUCAUAGUUUGACACUGUCGUCAACGUAUCAUUUCCGCCGUUUGUCUCCGCCAUCCACCGCCGUUUGUCUCCGCCAUUCACCGUCGACACAGGUAUCCAGCAAUUAUGAAGCGGAAGAGGCAAUCUAAAAUAACAGAUUUGAACUUUGAUGUGUUGAAACACGUUAUGUAUCAUGUUGCUGUGUCACCUGAUGGAGCUGGAAAUCUUGCCCGAACUUUAUCAGUCUGCAGACUGUUCAAGGAACUUGCUGAUGAUUCUGACAUCUUAAAAGCCGCGGCAUUUGAUCAGGUUAAGCUUUCUGGUAUUCAUGAAUCAUUCUGGCGACCUGCUGGGAUGUUAUGUAGGUGCUUACCGACAGGAAAUCCAACUGCUUUCAACACAAUAAGAAAGAAUGCAGAGAUAUUGAAUGUUUCUUAUCGGAUUCUCAAGAGGGACUUGUUCCGUGGAAAGAUGAUUCUUUUUGCAAGAAGCACAGCUCUUGAAAUUGCAAAUACCAGGGCAAGGAAGAAGGCUCUUGCAGAUGCCAUAGAUGACUGCUCAAGUACUUGUGAUGCCGUUGAUGCUCAAAUCAAAACUAUUGAGCAGUUUUUAGAGAUGUUGAAGGCUGUAUUGAAAGUAAUGAGAAGUCAGAUUGCUCAAUGAGGUUGAGCUGAUGCCGCAUGAGUAAAGGUAAAACAUCUACAAAAGACGAGGACUCGACAAAAUUCAAGUUCAGCAUUUGGGGCUUUAAAUAUGGGUGACGCAGCUUGCUGAGUGGUUAAAAUCCUCUUGGACGUCAUUGUCAGUGAGAUGGCAACAGUUAUAUCAAACAUAAUUGUCACUUCAAACUUGCCAAUUUUUGGUGCGCUGUGUGUAUCUUUGUCUUCUACCAUUUUUCUUUUAACAUAAUUGUCAGACUGAAAUAUCUCAGUUCAGAGAGGAUGUAAAUCUAUUUGCAAUCCAUACACUUCCAUUUUUACUUA